CUCCAGCCUUCUUCCAUAUAACUUAUACACACAUAUAUACUUGUAUAUAUCUGUUGGCACACUCCCGCUCCUCGCUCACCACUCAGCACCACCCACCCACCUACCUUGCCCUUCAUGUCCCAGCAGGGACCACCACCUACCUGGUCCCCCAUAUCCCACUCCAGACCAGCACCCACCUUGCUCCCCAUGCCCCACUACAGACCACCGACCAUAUUCUCCCUCUUCCCCGAUGCUCUCGCUAUCAUCCUCCAACACUACAGCUUCACCAACGAGGCCUUGGCCACCCUCGCUCUUAUCAACCGCGAGUGCCGUCAAGUCGUAUGGCCCUUCUUGUGGGUCGAUCCUCAGCUCAACAACAGCUCCGUGUACACACCUCUCCAAUCCAUCCAAUCCAUCCUUGACUCAAUGAAGAAAGGCGCACUCCAGCCUGAGACUAUGCAGAUGAUCAACUUCCUCGACAUGUCUCAAGUUGAAGAAACUCUCUACAGCACCCUUCCCGACGACUGGCUUCUCGUUCUCCUCAACAAUGCACCUAAGCUUCACACGCUCUGUCUCUCUGGCAAAAAGACUUCAUCGCCCUUUGUCAAGAACCAGGCCUUCCGAAAACUCGCCAAUGCCUCCCUAGUACAUGAGAGUAUGGAGAACCUGGACCUGAGCGAAUGCACCGAUAUCAGGGAGCCGACUCUCAAAUCCAUCGCCGCCUUCUUUCCAAAUCUCGUCUCUCUCAACUUGUCGCGCACUUCGGGCGUGACCGAUACAGCAGUGGCCCUGAUUGUCGAUAGGUGUCAGUACCUCAAAACUAUCGAUCUCUCGUACUGUCGACAGCUCACAGAUCUCGGUCUGCUCUCGGUUGCAAAAUUCUGUCGACGCAACCUACGUGUCCUGCACCUCACCGGCAACCUCAAGAUGACUAACGCGUCUCUACUAGCUGUGGCAAAGCACUGUCCACAGAUCCAGAAGUUGUUCCUGGCAGAAUGUAGUCAGAUCACUGACGCAGCACUCGAGUGGAUCGCACGAUCGAGCUCGAGCGCAUCUCUUAAGGAGCUGGAGCUGCACCGGUGCGACAAGGUCAUGUUUGGAUUACCUUUACUCGAACUCUUGGCUAACAAGUGCAACGUCCUCGAACGGAUCACUCUCACCUACAAGCAGAUCAAUUCGAAACGGGACGAUCUCAAGCUGGUCAUGGAGGCCUUUCGCGAUUUCCAUCAGCUCCAGACCAUUGGUAUUUAUGAGGUCCCUGAACAUAGUCCAGCGCUCUUCUUUUGGGAUCUAGCAUUCCAGGCGAGCCGUGGGAAUCUCAAGACCAUCAAUCUCUACCGAGGCUCGUUUGCAUCGGAUUAUAUUCUGGGAACCUAUGCCGUUGUAUUCGAGCAUGACCAAAAUAUCUCGGAUCAAACGGUCCACAAGUUCAACGAGUCUCGGUACGGUGUCCGCAAGGCAAAAGUCAACCUCUUCAUGGACGACAUCUAUUGAUGUAGAGUUGGCGGUCGUAAUGUAUUGUAUUAUUCAAUAAACCAAUUCUUUUCACUUGGAA